ACCAUCUCCAUCGCCAUCUCCACCUCGACGCUCGUCGUCGUCGUCGUCUUCUUCUCUCCUGUCCACACAUACCUUGUUGAUCUUACGAGACCGGCGUCGACAACAAACAGGCGACAGUCGACAGACGCGACAGACGAUAGACGGAUAGUGCAACAUCCACGUUGGCGAUACCGCGUGGCUCAAAGGAUCCCAGACCUAGCGAGUUGAAAUCCAUCGGACACAACAAGACCGUCCUCGUCGGCCUCCCCCACUCGGCCGUCGGUGCAUAUCUCCCUCCAUCGCUUCCACGCGCUCUACUAUACUGUACUCUACUCCGUUGCCGCCAUCAACAUCCGCUUCCACCCUCCGCCUCCACCCUCGCGCCUCGACCACCGCGACAUCACACAUCGCCAGAACACCGGAACGGCAAGAUUCAUGAACGACCCUUCUUGGAAUCACCAGCUCGUCCCCCGCCGCAACCCGCACGCACACCUCGUGCACCCCUCGCCCGUGCGUGCGCACUCGUACCCAUUUGCCUCCUUCUCCGGCGCGGGCCCCUACGCCUCGUCACACCCCUCGGCACUCGCCCUCCAGGCCUGGUCGCUCUCCGCCUCGUCCUCGUCUUCGGCAACCAACUCUCCAACCGCGACAGUCCGAUCUUACAACUCGCAAUCUCACUCGUACUCUUACGCGCACUCGGUCGCGCACGCCCACUCCCAUCACCCUCAUUCACACUCGCAUUCCCAUUCACUUUCGGCCUCGGGCCUCCACCACCUUCCCUCUCCACCCCUCUCCACAUCCGCCAUGCCUGACCCAUGGACCGCCGAGCGCGUCUCGGACGCCGAGGACGACAUGCACCCAUGGGGCCUCAACGGGUCCGGGCUCCCUCCAGUCGGUAUACCACCCAAGGCCCAUCAUCCUCCCCAGCCUACACCCCACUCGCCCAGACUUCCAAACGGACGGCCACUAUCACCCAUGUCCAAAAAGCUUCUCGCGCCCGUGUCGCUUGAAGUUUGGGCGGCCGUUCUCGACAAGAGUAAAGGUCGCGACAAGGUCCUAAAAACAAUUCAGUACACUCUUAGGUCGUACCUGUACAUUCUCGGUCUCAUCGCCGGCGUACGGCCACUGUCCAAGUUCUUCUCAUCAAGCCAGAAGCGAAGCAAGGUCGCCACCGCCGGGUUGAGCUUGACGCGCAAAUGUUUGCUGCUCUUCAACCCCCUGCGACCGAUGGGCGCGCUCCUCUCCCCCGAACCAACAAGUGCACGAGCAUUCCUCGGCCACCUCGUCGACCUCAUUGGUGCUAUCGCGGACGACGUGUUCUGUCUUUCCAAGCUGGGUCUCGUCUCCAAACGCAAGGGCAUGAUCGCCGACCGCUGGGCCAACCGGGUAUGGUUCUACUCCACAAUCACGGGGCUCUAUGGGCUGUGGCUCAAGCAGGGCACACGCCGCAGCGAGAGCGAGAAGAAGGCCGACGCCCUCCAGCAUAAGAAGUACCUCUGUGAUCUGGUGUUUGUGUCAUACGACAUCUUCAAUCUGACGUGGAUGAAGGAGCCCAUGCAGUGCUUCGUCGGCCUCACUGCCGCUCUCAUCUCUACGAGCCAGCUGUAUCACAAGGACUACGUUGCGCUCGCGAAGCGGUGAUCCGGCGCGGCCUGCAUACGAGGAGCCGGCUGUGGCCGGCGAGGCGACGUUCAUGAUGAUGACCGGUUUUUGGACAUGCCCAGUUACGAUCUGGUGCCAUAGAUUAGCCAUGUACAAGUCUCUACGUAUCGGUGGGACGAUG